AUGAACGGGCAUCCCAAUGGGCACCCUGACGCGAUGCGCUCGCUACACCCCAGCAUACGCCUCCUAGGCCCCUCGCAAGUGCACCUCACGCUGCGCCCAUCGCAAGACAACCAGCAAUUCUACCACCAUCAGUACUAUCAGCCCCGCCCGCGCGAGAGUGAAGAAGAAGACGACGACGAAGACGUCGACCAGUUGGAUUCGGAUACGGAUGAGAACGAGGCCGCAGACGCUAUGCAGGUGGAUCGCGUUCAGGGCGCGUCAGCUAGUCUGGCUGGGCCUGGAGAGCCGCCCGUGAAAAAGAGGAGACGGAGCAGCGUGAGGAAGCACGGGCAGAGCUUGCUUCCGCAGGAGUUGCUGGAAAACAUCUUGGUCGCCGAUGGUUCGGCAGGGCUCAACAUGUCCAAGGAGGCGAUGUUCGUUAUCUCAAUGGCUACGGAGGAGUUCAUAAAACGAUUGUCUCGAGAGGGACAACAACGAGCAGCGGUCGACCGGCGUACGACCGUAGACUACCGCGACAUGGCCGACUGCACCCAUCAAAGACGCCAAUUCAGCUUCCUUCAAGACGUCAUACCCCAACCGAUGCCUCUCGCCGCAGCACUCCAGCGCCGCGCAGCAAAAGCGGACGAAGUCCCAGAAGAAGAGCCCUCCAUCUCGACCCUCUCCACCAUGCCACCCUCCGCCUCUGCCUCCGCCACCUUCCCGCACUCCGCCUCAGUAUCGAUCCCUCACUCCGCGUCCUACACCGGCGCCGGUACCAUUAGCAUCCCCCCCGCCCAACAGGACCACACCCGCCAGCCCUCCGAGAGCGCCCGCUCCGCGCGCACCUCCGCGCGCUCGCAGGUGAAGCUCAAGAUCCCGCGGCCCCCGUCAGCAUCUGCCUCCGCGCACAACGGGGGCGAGAAGGUGAACGGCAAGUCCGAGGCGGCGAAGCUGCGCAAGCGCGACAGCCGCGGGCGGUGGAGCACCGUCGUGGACGGCUCAGCAGACGCAGAGAGCGCCAGCCGCGCGCGCUCCGGCCCAGCCCCCGCCCACGUAUCCCCGGCCCAGGACUCGCCCACGCCCGAGCCGCACUGGGCGGUGCUCCAGGCGCCGCACGAGGCGUCCUCGUCCGCGGAGCCGCCCGAGAGCUUCGAGCGCGGCGCGCCGCCGCCCGGGAUCAGCCUGAGCGCGGGGCUCGGGCUGGGCAGGGCGGGGUGGGGCGUGGGCCCGGCGAGCGGGUUCCUCGGCGGGCAUGGGCGCACGAUUUAUUCUACGCAGAGGGAGCGCACGGGGUCGAGUGGCGGGUCGGGGAGGUGA